CGGGAAGGGCAGUUCUGAUGCGGGCCUGGGGAGAACAGCUGUCAGGAAGCCUGAGUCCUCGCACUUAAGUGGCUUUGAGUAGAAGGUUGGUGGAGACACAGACAGCAUAGGCCGCUCCCAGGAGACCUCAAAAGUGAGGAGGUCUUUUGUCAACUGGGACGGAAUUGCCAUCCUUGUUACCACGAGGCAAAGAAUUUGGCUGAAUGAUAUUUGUGUUCCAGAACUUCAUGGAGUGGAGAACUUCCAAGUGAUGGAGGAGGAUAUUUGGCAGGAGAAAUCUGAGCUGGCACCUGUGACCUUUGAUGACGUCUGUGUCAAGUUCACCCAGGAAGAAUGGAGUUUGCUGGAUCCUUCACAACAGAAGAUGUACAAGGAUGUGAUGGUAGAAACCUUCAGGAACCUGGCCUCUGUUGCAAACAAAAAAACAGAGGAAGCUCAGACCAAUGAAGAAGUUUACAGAAAUUCCAGAAGAAAUCUAAGGGUGUGAAUAUAUGGUGCAUUUGCAGAAAAUGAAUUCUGUGCUUGGAUUGGUGCCUGUACUCUUCAAUAUAGCUUCUUAGGAUCAUGCAAAUUCUUCACAAUAUAAAGGAUUUUGCUCACAGCUUUUCCAUGUACAAUACUCAAAUGCAUUUAAAUGUAAAGUAGAUAAUCAAUGUUUGCAAAAUACUGGGAUGGAAUCUUUAGAUACCCAUAACCAUGCCAGUGGUCUGAUAAUAUAUGUCCUGGAACCAUCCUGCAUGGUCAAAAAUUCUUUCAGGGCAUAAAAUCAUUACUCCUCCUGGUAUGUAUUUGAAAAUAUAGCUUAGUAAUGUGUUUCUCAUUAUUUCUAGAGGUCAAGUGGUAGGGAGAUUCUGUGAACAGAAAGAAGAUAUUCAGUGUGAAGUCUUCAGGCAUGCUCCAGAACAUAUCAUGAGCAAAUUACUCCUGCUGGAGUGGGAACAAAAGAAAACUGUAUGUGUACAGAAGUCUUCAUCAGGCAUCCAUCCCUAUGUCUGUCUGUCAGAACUCAGAGUGGAUCUGAGCCACAUGAGUAUCAGGAAUAUGGAAAAAGCCACUUAAAAGGAAGGAUUCUGGAAAAACCUUUCCUGUCUCCAGAUUUCUUAGAUGGCAUGAAAGAAGUCACACUGGAGAGACAUCGUUUCUAAGUAAGCAGGGUGGAAAAGUCUCCUUUCAAUUUAGUGGCAUUUGCAAACAUGAAUUGACUCGUGGUGGAGAAAAAACGUAUGUUUGUAAGCAGUGUGGUAAACCCAUGCCACAUUUGUGUGCUGUUGAAAACCAUGAAAGAACUUCCAUUACAGAGAAACUCUAUGUAUGCAAGCAAUGUGGAAAAGCCUUCAGUUCUUCCUGUUUCCUCAAAUCACAUGACUGUUUUCACAGUCGAGUGAAGCCCUUUAUAUGGAAGCAAUGUGGAAAAGUCUUUAGUUCAUCCACCUGGAUGAACUUCAAAAAGCAUGAACGACUUCACAUUGGAGCAAAACAUUAUGCUUGUAAACAAUGUGGGAAAGCCUUCUAUUGGUCCAGUGAACUUCAAAGACACAUAAAAAUUCACAGUGGUGAAAAACCCUAUGUUUGUGAGCAGUGUGGAAAAGCUUUUAGUUCUUCCAGGUACCUCAAAGAACAUGAAAAUAUUCACACUGGAGCAAAACCUUAUGCGUGUAAAGAAUGUGGGAAAUCCUUUUAUUGGUCCAGUGACCUUCGAAGACAUCUAAAAACUCACAGUGGUGAGAAACCCUAUGUUUGUGAGCAGUGUGGAAAUGCUUUCAGUUCUUCCAGUUCCCUCAAAACACAUGAAAGAAGUCACACUGGAGAGAAGCCCUUUGCAUGCAAACAAUGUAGAAAAGCCUUCUAUUGUUCCAGUAAACUUCGAAGACAUGUAAAAACUCACAGUGGUGAAAAACCCUAUGUUUGUGAGCAGUGUGGAAAAGCUUUUAGUUCUUCCGGUUACCUGAAAAUACAUGAAAAAAUUCACACUGGAGUUAAACCUUAUGCAUGUAAAGAAUGUGGGAAAGCCUUCUAUUGGUCCAGAGAGUGUAGAAUACAUGCACUAAGUCACUUUGGUGAGAAACCCUAUGUAUGUGAGCAAUGUGGAAAAGCUUUUAUUUGUUCCAGUUACCUGAAAAAACAUGGGCGAAUUCACACUGGAGAGAACUUUGCAUGUAAGCAGUGUGGAAAAACCUUUAGGUCAUCCAAUUACCUCAAAAUACAUGAAAUUAUUCACACAGGAGCAAAACCUUAUGCAUGUAAACAAUGUGGAAAAGCCUUCUGUUGGUCCAGUAAACUUCAAAGACAUGUAAAAACUCACAGUGGUGAGAAACCCUAUGUAUGUGAGCAGUGUGGAAAAGCUCUUAGUUCUUCCAGUUGCCUGAAAACACAUGAAAGAAGUCACACUGGAGAGAAGUCCUUUGCAUGUAAGCUAUGUGGAAAAAGCUUUAAGUCAUCCAUUUAUCUCAGACAACAUGAGCAAAUGCACACUGGAGUGAAAUCUUAUGAAUGUAAACAAUGUGGGAAAGCCUUCUAUUCACCCAGAGGCCUUCGAACACAUCAGCAAUUUCACUGUAGUGCAAAAACCUAUGUAUGCAAGUAAUAUGGAAAAGCUUUUACAACUUCUAGGUACCUGAAAUUACAUGAAGGAAUUCACAAUGGAGAAAAGACUUCUACAUGUAAACAAUGUGACAAAGCCUUUACUUCAUCCAGGUACUUCAAAACACAUGAACGAAUUCAUACUGCAGUGAAUCCUUAUGAAUGUAAACAAUAUAGGAAACCCUUUUAUUCUUCCAGCGACCUUUGAAGACAUACAGAAGCUCACCUUGGGACAAAACCUGAGUAUGUUACCAGUGUGGGAAAGCCUACUUCUGUCGAGUGUCCUUGAAAGACAUGAAUUAAGUCACAGUCAUGUAAUGUAGAAAGAAAAUAAGGUGAGGCAAUCCCUUGCAUGGGCACAGUCACUUAGGUGCAGAAGUCUGUUGUGCAUGUGAUUGAAUUAGCACUGUUUCCUUGUCAGACAUAGAACACAUAAUAAAUCUGUUUCUGGGUUUAGAACUCACUUUUUGAGCUUGUAUAGUAUACUUUCUAAGGCUAGCA